AUGAGGGACCCCGGUGCCGUUACCCGCCCGCAGGCUUGGAGCGCUUCUGCGCUCGGAAUGACAGGAAGGAUGUCAUUCAGGCACGCCGGACAACCCGCAACCCCGGCUCUCUCGAACAAGAGAUUUUGCUGCGGCCCACCCCUUUGCAUCUCUAUCUCUCCACUGUCCACUCUCCAUCAUCACAGUUAUCGUCUCUCACUCAGUGUCCUAAAACCAGUAUCACUCGCUUCUAUUCCGGCGCCCAACUGCGCUGCGUCACCUUCUUUCACCGCCCUCCCCCGUCUCCCCGUCUCGCCCCCUCCCUCCCUCUCUGCCCGCCUUUCCGCGGCUCGUCGUACCCCCGCUCGAACCGGGUCUACACCACCCACUCAGUUGACUUUGACCACCACAAUGUCCACCGCGACCGAGCGCACGCCGCUUAACAAGCCGCCUUCCCCGCCCCUGGCGUACACCUACCUCCCUCAGGAGGAGGACGAUGGACGUGAGGUCGAGGUGUGGCGCCCAGGAAAGUCGACGUUCAACCAGACUCUCCUCAACACCCUCGGUGACCUCAUCGGCACCGGUCUCCUCGCGACCCCAAUCGCGAUCGCACACAGCGGCUGGGUCGUUGGUCCCCUCUUCCUCGCCGCCGUCGGCGCCGUGACCCUCUGGACGCUCAAGAUCCUCUUGCGCAUCAUUGAGCAGGACCGCCGUCUGCGCAACUUUACAGAUGUUAUCGGCUUUGCGCUCGGCAAGCGCGGUGAGAAGAUUGUGACCGUCCUCUUCCUGAUCGAGGUUUGCGCCUGGGUUAUCGCCCUUGUGGUUCUCUUCUCCGACUCGCUGGAGGCUGUGUGGCCUGUCUACACGUCCAACCAAUGGAAGGUCGUGGGCCUCGUCGUGGUCAUCCCCACCACGUUCCUGCCCCUCCACUACCUCUCCUUCUCGUCGGCCCUCGGCAUCAUCUCGACCUGGAUGCUGAUUGGUAUCCUGAUCUUUACCGGCAUUGUCACUCCUCACACUCCCGGAUCCAUCCGCGAGCCCGCGCACACCGACCUGUGGCCUUCGCACGGCCUGGCCAAGCUCGGCACGGUCUUUGGUCUGCUCAUCUCGGGCUUUGGCGGCCACGGUCUCAUCCCCAACCUGAUCCACGACAUGAAGAACCCGCGCCGCGCGGGCGUCAUGGUCGACAUUGCCUACGCGAUCGCCAUGGCCAUCUACGUCCUUGUCGGCGUGUUCGGCUACCUCAUGUAUGGCACCGACGUCAGCGACGAGGUCAGCAAGGACCUGGCGCGUACCCCCGGUUUCUCGCCCAUCCUGUCCAAGAUUGCCGUGUGGAUGGUGGCCCUCAACCCGCUCACCAAGAUUGCUCUCGGUAUCCGCCCGCUCGCCGACAUGAUCUUUGGCUGGCUCAACCUCCACAAGACCGAGCUCAUCCCCCAGACGGCGCCUACCCCGCGCUACACCACCCGCCCCUCGUCGCCUGUCACCGACGAGGACGAGGACAACGACAACAACGAGGAUGACGACGAGGAGUGGGAGGGCGGGCACUACGACCCCAUGGCCUCGACCAUUAGCAUCUACGCUGAGAACCGCCACCAGAAGAGCGAGCGUGUCAAGGCCGUCCUACGCCCCGUGAUCCGCGUCGCGCUCGCCAUCGCGGCCGUCCUGGGCGCCCUUGUGUUCCCCUCAUUCGAGGCCCUCAUGUCCUUGCUCGGAUCGGGCUUUGCGUGCCUCACCCUCAUCAUCAUCCCGGUGUGGGCCGGCGCCGCCGUCUUUGGUUGGAGGUGGUACGACUAUGUGGCCAUUGUCAUCUCGGCCAUCUUUGGUGCGUGGGGCACCGUCGCGAGCUUCAUGUAG